AACCCCCUUGGUAGGGCUUUGCUUGGCAGCGGUGAUCUCGUUAGUCACUCACUAGUUGUUAUCGAGGAGGAGGAGGCGACGCGGAGGACAUUUGACCGCAUCGCCGUCAUUGUGGGGGGGACAAGCGGAGACGCGACGAAGAAUACAAGUGUCCACUUUCUGCUCAACUAUCUGCCGCUGCGUGCGAGAGGAGGGGGGGAACGGAGGAACACCGGAGGAACACUUGAACUUCUCGCUGCUCCCAUGUGGACGCCACAAACUUCCACUUUGUUCCUCCUUGUCUCUCUCCUUCUCAACUUGUAAAAAAGAAGAAGAAGAAGAAGAAGAAGAAGAAGAGGAGGAGGAGGAGGAGGAGGAGGGGGGUCCUUUGAAUUAAAUAGAAAAGUAGUCAAUGAUGGUCCAUUGGACUGGAAGCCUGCUGUGCGUCCUCGCACUCAGCCUCGGCUUGGCGCCGCCGCCGCCGUGCCACGCUCGGAUAUACACCAACCACUGGGCGGUCAGGAUAGCCGGGGGAACCGCGGUGGCUGAGCGGAUAGCGGAGAAGUACGGAUACCGGAACAUGGGCCAGAUUGGAGACUUGAAAGACCACUACCACUUUUUCCACAGUCGGACAAUAAAGAGGUCGACUUUGUCCAGUCGUGGACGCCAUAGUUUCAUUUCAAUGGAGCCCAAGGUGGAAUGGAUACAGCAGCAGGUGGUCAGGAGGAGGAUCAAGAGGGAUUACAAAGCGGCCCCGCCACUCUCUCUGUCAAGCCACGCCCACAGUCCAGCAGCCCAAAACAACAUAUUCUAUAACGAUGCCAAGUGGAGCAGUAUGUGGUAUAUUCACUGUAACGACGACGCCCACAACUGCCAGUCGGACAUGAACAUCAUGGGGGCGUGGAAAAGGGGCUAUACGGGCAAAGAUGUGGUGGUGACCAUUCUGGAUGACGGCAUCGAGCGCAACCACCCUGACCUUGCUCAGAACUACGACCACCAAGCAAGCUUUGACGUCAACGGCAAUGACAACGAUCCCAUGCCACGAUACGACGCAACCAACGAGAACAAACACGGGACGCGGUGUGCAGGAGAAGUUGCCGCGUCAGCAAACAACUCCCACUGCAUUGUGGGAAUUGCCUACAAUGCCAGAAUAGGAGGUGUGCGCAUGCUGGACGGGGACGUAACCGACAUGGUCGAAGCCAAAUCUCUCAGCCUGCAGCCGCAGCACAUCGACAUCUACAGCGCCAGCUGGGGGCCUGACGAUGACGGAAAGACGGUAGAUGGACCGGCGUCUUUGGCCAGGCAGGCUUUUGAGAAUGGCAUCCGCAUGGGAAGGAAGGGGCGGGGCUCCAUCUUUGUGUGGGCUUCCGGCAACGGCGGCCGAAGCCAGGACCACUGCUCUUGCGACGGCUACACCAACUCCAUCUACACCAUCUCUAUCUCCAGCACGGCGGAGAGCGGACGCAAGCCCUGGUACCUGGAGGAGUGCUCGUCCACCCUGACUACUACCUACAGCAGCGGCGAGAAUUACGACCGAAAGAUUAUCACGACAGACCUGAGGCAUCGGUGCACCGACAGUCACACUGGCACGUCGGCCUCGGCCCCCAUGGCCGCAGCCAUCGUCGCCCUGGCUCUGGAAGCAAACCCUCUUCUAACUUGGAGAGAUGUUCAGCACAUCAUCGUAAAGACUUCCCGAGCCGGCCAUCUCAGUGCUCCAGACUGGAAGACCAAUGCCGCUGGUUAUAACGUCAGUCACCUGUAUGGUUUUGGCUUGAUGGACGCUGAGGCCAUGGUGAAAGAAGCCGAGCGGUGGAAGCAAGUUCCUUCUCAGCACAUCUGCGUGGAGAGUGCUGACCGACAGAUCAGAACUAUUCGUCCGGAGCACAUGGUACGUUCUGUGUACAAGGCCACAGGCUGCACCGACAACCCCAACCACCAUGUUAUCUACCUGGAGCAUGUGGUGGUACGCAUCACCAUCACUCACCCGCGGCGUGGGGACCUGUCAAUCAACCUGACCUCGCCUUCGGGGACCAAGUCACAGCUUCUCGCCAAAAGGUUGUUUGAUCACUCCAUGGAGGGUUUCAAAAACUGGGAGUUUAUGACCACCCACAGCUGGGGAGAGAAAGCAGCAGGCGACUGGGUCCUGGAGAUUUAUGAUUCACCUUCUCAACUCCGCAGCCAGAAAGUACCCGGCAAGCUGAAAGAGUGGUCCUUGGUGCUUUAUGGAACCUCUGUGCACCCUUACUCGUCUCUACGUAGCGAUAAGCCUCGCUCCACCGACAUGCUGACACCCAUUGAUGAGGAAGAGGAGUACAACGGUCCAUGUGAUUCUGAAUGCAAUGAGAACGGCUGUGAAGGCCCUGGCCCACACCACUGCAUAGACUGCCUGCACUUCUUCCUCAAGUUCAAGAACAACACCAGAAUGUGCGUAUCGGAGUGCCCAAGCAGCUUCUUCCGGGACGACAGGAGGCGCUGCAAGAAGUGCUCGUCCCUGUGCGAGACCUGCGUUGGUAGCCGUAGCGACCAGUGCACCACCUGCAGGUCUGGCUUCCACCUCAACGAGGGCUCCAACACGUGCGUGGCCACCUGCGGCGACAGCUUCUACCUCGACCUUGAUUCCAACAUUUGCAGGAGGUGUCCAGAGAACUGCAAGAAGUGCGCCGCCUCUAAUAUCUGCACGGAAUGCAAACCAGGGACCAGUUUACAAGGCAACAAGUGUCAGAUGACGUGUGAUUCGGGUUCCUAUUACAACGGCCACAGAAGGACUUGUGAGCCCUGUCAUCGUGCCUGUGCUACCUGUGCAGGCACUGGUAUAGAAGCGUGCACCAAGUGUGCCGACAGCUACUUGCUGGAGGACUGGCGCUGUGUGUCCACUUGCAGCAAAGGCUACUUCCUGUUUGAACAGACGUCCGACAGCGGCCAGGUGCAGAGGUCCUGUAAGAAGUGCGAUCAUAGCUGUUACGAGUGCCUGGGGCCCGGUGAAAGGAACUGCAGUAGCUGCGUCAGCGGUUACAAUCUGGAGGCGGGAGCUUGUGUGGUCAGCACCAUCUGCAAAGAUGGUCAGUACAUGGGUCAUCAUGGCAAGUGUCUCCUGUGUGACGUCACCUGUCAGGAGUGCACUGGUCCCGAGAGCGAAGACUGCACCAGCUGCCCAGCCACACGGUUAUUUGAUGAAGGCGCCUGCGUCAUCCGCUGCCAGAGGGGGCGCUACGCCAUGGCCAGGCAGUGUCACCGCUGCCACCACACCUGCCUGGAGUGCACAGACGAGGGGCCGGACAACUGCACGGCUUGCGACAAGGACAUGUUUGACGUGACUCACUACCUGUUCCACGGUCAGUGCCGGGACGUCUGCCCGGAGGCCUUCUUUCACUCCACGCGCAAACGCUGUGAGCCGUGCACUCCGGACUGCAUACUGUGCACAUCGCCCAGUCGCUGCUUACGCUGCGGACCGGGACAUCAACUCCGAGAGGGCAAAUGUGUUCCGCUGGAAUGCAGCACAGGUGAGGUUGCAAAGGGGGAGGAGUGUCUCCCCUGCGACGUCGGUUGCAGGCAAUGUGAACACAAAGACUCCAAACAUCCAGACCAAGGAACCGUGUGCCUCAAGUGUGAAGAUAAUUUCUACCAGCUCGGUUCUGACUGCUACCAGUCCUGCCCAGACGGCACGUACAGCGUUGCCGAGGCCAUGAAGUGUUCUCCCUGCGAAGACCAGCGGUGUGCCGUCUGUGACGCAGCUCAGUGCUACUGGUGUCUGGAAGGAGCCUACCUUUUUGACGGGAUGUGUGCGGACCGCUGCGAGGAGGGCUUCUUUGUGGACGUGGAUAACCGGGAGUGCGAGGAGUGUCACCGUGCGUGUAAGACCUGCGGCGGUCCCAGAUUCGACGACUGUGACUCGUGCGAGGAGGAGAUGACUCUGAGGGAUGGAGAAUGUGUGAAGACAGCUCAGAGAGGGUUAUGUGCUGAUGGACACUUCUGGAACAAGCAGGGAGACUGUGAGCUGUGUCAUUCUUCUUGUAAGACAUGCUUUUCUGCACGCAAAGACGACUGCAUCACCUGUCACCCAGGAAAUUUCUUGACAGCUCGUCAGACGUGCACGCCUCACUGUCCUGUAUCCACCUUUAUCAACCACACGUCCAGUCGCUGUGACGCCUGCAUGGACGGGUGUCUCUCAUGUCAGGACGCCAAUGUGUGCCAGCGAUGCCAAGCUGGACACUUCCUGCAGGACAGAAUGUGUGUGCUGGAGUGCCACAGAGGUUUCCCUGAGGGCGGCGUGUGCCACCCGUGUGCUCCACAGUGCACUUCCUGUCAGGGUAACGCCUCCUUUUGUCUGAGCUGUGAAGACGGCUUCUUUCUGUUGAAGCGCUCGUGCAGACUUCAUUGUCCCGUGGGCUACUACACACAAGACACACAAUGUCUCCAGUGUCCUCCUGACUGUACGCAGUGCAACCAAGAUGGCCUCUGUCAGGAAUGUGCAGAUAACUUCUUCCUGCAUGACGACAAAUGUGCGAGUGACUGCCCCGCCGGGUACUACGCCACCGAGAAGCAGCGGGAGUGUUUGCGUUGCCAUGCCAACUGCGCCUCCUGCGAUGGGCCGGACGACGACGACUGCGACUCCUGUCGUAACCCCAAAGCUGUGCUCUACAACGGCGAGUGUCUGCCCGAGUGUCCCAGCAGCACUUACUACGACGCCGCUGACGGCGAAUGCAGAGAUUGCGACCAGUCCUGUCUGACGUGUUCGGGCAACGAGCCGUCAUCGUGCCUGAGCUGCCACUCCAACCACCUGAAGGACGUCAACGGUCACUGCGUGUGGUACGGCCAGUGCUCACCGCACACCUACAUGGACUCCAGCGGGCAGUGCCAGCUGUGCCACCAGUCCUGCCGUCGCUGCUCGGGUCCGGGCCAGGACGGUUGCCUCAGCUGCCACCCCCCUCGCUUCCUGAUGAAUUCCACGUGCAUCGCGCAGUGUCCGGUGGGUUACUAUGGCGACGACAAGGACGAGGGUGUGUGCGAGCGCUGCCACUGGAGCUGCGCUUCGUGCGUGGGCCGCCACAGCGUGCAGUGUGCCGCCUGUAGACCAGACUACUUCCGGCAGGGAAGAAGCUGUGUGCAAACUUGCUCAGACAGUCAUUUUGGCAACACCAGCAUCAUGGAGUGCGAGCGCUGCGACCCCGCGUGCAGACGGUGUCAAGGUCCCACCGACAGCGACUGCCUGACCUGCCGGGACGGCUUCGUCUUCAUGAAGCAAACCGGUCGCUGCUUGAAGACCUGCCCCCCAGGAUACUACCAGCACAGCUGGUCCAAAACCUGCCUCAAGUGCCAUCCCACCUGCAAGACCUGCACAGGUGACGGCGCUCUAUCCUGCCAGUCCUGUUACCAUGGCUACAAGCUAAUCGGUUCAAGUAUCUGUGAAUCCCAGUGUCUGAUUGGCUACUAUGAAGGCUCCCAGAAGUCGGCGUCUGAAAGCGAGAAGCCCGACUGCGAGCCCUGCCACCCGUCCUGCCUCGGCUGCCGUGGCCCAGGUGUGUGGAACUGCACCGACUGCCCCGCCUCUCAGAUGCUGGCCGAUGACGGACGCUGUCUGAGCUGCUGCCGAGACCACACGCUGCCCGUUGACAAGCCCGUCGCCUGGCGCUGCUGCGACUGUGACGCCUCUCAAGAGGAGUGCAUCCUCGGCGUCAAUUUUGUGAUGAGAAACGCCGAAGACCUGGAGGCCGGAGGCUCCGCCAAGGUAGCCGUCACCAUCUUCGUCCUCCUGGUCCUGUCGGUGGGGGGCGGCGUCUUCGCCUUCCUCCACGCUCGCUCCAGGUCCAUCAGCGCCGCCCACUCCACCACGGCCCGCGUUAAUAGCGGAGGCUACGAGAAGCUGGACAGCAACGGGGAUGCAGGGCGGCAGCACGUCAAUGCCUUCGGCGAAUACAGCGACCGCAUCGUGGAGAGUGAGGCUUCCGACGAGGACGACGGAGAUGACGACAUCGUGUACAUGGGGCAGGACGGCACUGUCUACAGGAAGUUCAAGUACGGACUUUUGGAUGACGAUGACAAUGAAAUUGAGCUGGAGUAUGACGAUGAAAGUUACUCAUACACUUAAAACUUGUAUUAUCAAACAAACACAGUUAAAAAGUCAAAUUGAAUCUGGUGGGAAAUUGGAAUAAAAUCUACCGUAUUUCCUUGAAUUGCCGCAGGGCAUAUAGUAUGCGCCUGCCUUGAAUUACUGCCGGGCCGGGUCAAACUCUCCUCGCAAAAUAAUUAGCGUAUGCUUAAUAUUACCGACGUCAUGAGUUUGACCAUUUUCAGAAUGGAGGAGGCUGAUUUCAAUACCAGUAAUUUGAAAUCGCAUAAAGGGAAGAAGAUUAAAAGCUAUUCAGUAGGAUUUAAGGUCCAAGCUUACAUCACAUUCAAAUUCUGACUGCAUGCCUUUGGUAAGUGCCGGAGUGAGAAGAGGUUUUAAAAUAAUUAGCGCAUGGUUACUUUUACCGCAUGUCUUUAGUAAGCGCAGGAGUGAGAAGAGGUUUUAAAUUAAUUAGCGCCCCGGCGGCAAUUCAAGGAAAUACGGUAAUACAUAUUUGAUUUAAUUCAGUAAAAAGCAUAAUAAAAUGUUAUUAAAUUAAGUACUUACUAAGAAUACAUGUAAUAGUAAAAAAAAAAAAAAGUAUGUUUUUAAAUCAAAUAUACAAACCCCGUUUCCAUAUGAGUUGGGAAAUUGUGUUAGAAAAUCCUUUUCAACCGAUAUUCAGUUGAAUAUGCUACAAAGACAACAUAUUUGAUGUUCAAACUGAUAAACAUUUUUUGUGUGUGCAAAUAAUCAUUAGCUUUAGAAUUUGAUGCCAGCAACACAUGACAAAGAAGUUGGGAAAGGUGGCAAUAAAUACUGAUAAAUUUGA